UUCACCUCGGUGUAGGAAUUCUUUACAGUCAACAACAUCCGGCGGAGGAGCAGCUUCUCUUGGUGCCUCUGCGGUCUCCCUCCCGCUAGGUGGUGAUUAUGCGGCCGGCUCGGCUCUAACAGAUCUCGGUCCAGGCUGUCAGGACGCAUUCCUCGGAGUUUGAUGGAGGCCCGUGGAGCUCCUGCCGAGGACGACCUCCUCCAGAGUCCCUGGUGCCCCGUGAACAUCAGCGGCUGCCAGCUCCUCACCAAGAGCCGGUUUGGUGGAACCUCGUACCGCCUCCUGCUGACUGACAUGCUCUGUGUGUGGGAGGAGAGGAUGGACGAGGCAGCCAUCCAGACCCGGGCGCAGGAGCUGAACAAACGUUUGCGAGCUUCAGUCGGGUCCUUCUUCUCCCACCUGUGCUCCGUGGUUCGGCCCCACCUGUCCAGAGAGGACGGCUCCCCUGACGGAGGAGCUCAGAUCUCCAUGAGCCGACAGGAGGACGGCUCGGUGAGCCUGAGGCUGAAGAGCGAGUUCCUCGGGAUGCCCUUCAAGUGGGAGUUUCACUGCACCCCUGCCCCCGUCACGUUGGUGUGUGCUCAGCUGGUGCGCCCCCUGCUGGCGAUGAGCCGCCUGCUGCAGAUGCAGGUGGAGCAGCUGGGAGGUCUGCUGGUCAGGAAGGAUGCAGAGAUCCAGGACUACAGGGAGAACGGAGCCACGCUCAGCAGAGAGCGCCUGCAGACAGAAGCUUUUGAGGAGCAAACCUACAGAGAGGACUUCAUGACAAAGACUCUUCCUCAGCUUUGCUCUGAUGUUCAGAGCUUCAACGCCGACCUCCAGCAGCUGUACGCCGCCGUCGUCGUCCCUCACAGAAAUACCCGAAAACGUAAGCUGUCAGAGGAGCGCCCCGUGGAGAAGGAGAAGGAGGAGGAGGAGGAGGACCAGCCGGCCUCCAGAGAACCAGCCCUCACUUUGAGUCCGGGUGAUGGAUCCGACAGCAGUGAACCAGACAGAAACCAGAGCCACAAUGGACGGGCGGAAGAAUCUGGAUCCAAGAUGGCCGACAGAGGAGCAGGACAACAGUCUGUGACCGCAGCGUCCGACCCCCCCGCCGCAAAGCAACCGUCCUCCAAACCAAAGAAGAAGAAAGUGGGGCUGUUCAGAUGAGGCCGAGCAGUAGGACGCACACACACAGGCAUCAUUCAGAAGUCCAGUCACUAAACGGACGUUUUUAUCUCCAUUCUGACUUUAAACUUUCACUCUGAAACACGGGAGAUGUUUUUUAACUAGUGCUUCACUUUUAAAAUGUAGUUAAUAUUUAGGUAAUUGGUGUUUUUUAAUGUGCUGCUCAGUAAUUAAACAGGUGUAAAUGAUGAAGUCUGAUUUUUAGAGAAGCUGUUAAUUAAACAUAUAAAUGGAUUUUAA